UCCAGCCAGUCGGAUCCCAAUCAAGGUGCCAUUUCACCGGACGCUGAGCUCCCGUCCGUCUCGCCUCCGCCUGGUGGCGCUCGCCGUGCACCUCCCGUCGCGCCGUCUCUCCUUCUCCUCCCCUCCUGGAUGGCGCUGCCUCCUGUCAUCCUCAGCCAUUGCCUCCGAUAGCAUCGCGGUCCCCCGCAGCCGGCCAUUACAUCUCCGGACGGCUGGACGGCGUCGCGCUUCGCUCGCUCUCCUGUCAAACGAUCGCUCAUUCUUUUCCCCUUUUUGCUAUCGCGCAUCCGCCGCCCUGGCAUGUUGCAGGCACUGCAUGGGCCCCAAGGCAUCCCACGUGCGUCGCUCCUCGCCCGCCAAAGCGCCGCCCGCGUCGCAGUUGUGUCGCCGUCGCGCCGCGUCUGAAUUCCACGCGCCGCUUCUCGAUACACCCCUACAGUAUUACUGCGAGCGAUGCCGCUGCCGCUGCCGUAGGCGACCCGAUCGGAUCAAACCUCGCCAUCUCGAACGGUAGCUCGCAGACUGCGCCAGCAGAAAACCGCCGCCAUGUUGAGGCGCCGCUACCGGCCUUUUGUCGUCUGUGCCGUCGUGAUCGUCUUCCUGCUAUACCGCGCUGGGCAGGGCUCGUGGGAUCGCCAGCCGUCCCCGGGGGUCCGGCCCCCGCCUCUUGCCCCGAAGCCGGCACCCGUCGACGACCAAGUCCAGCCCGUGCCGCCGCCGCCGCAGCCUCAACAACCGCUUGACAACAAGAAGAAACCCAAACCCGACGAACGGCCGACGCAAUCAACCCCAGUUCAGCAGGAGGAUCGGGACGACGACGAGCGGCUGCCGAUUCAGGUCCCAACGCUGAAGGAUGACCAAAAGGCAAAGCCCACCUCCCAGCCAACUUCACUUGCGCCGGAGGCCGACGAGAUUCCUCAAGAUCAUGCAACAAAGAUCCCUCGCCCGGGGAAAAACAGCGGCGAGGAGCCCUUGCGCUGGAAGAAUCCCCCCAAGGACUCCACAAUCGAUGCGCCUGCGGGGGAGAAAAAGGUGCAUUGGACCAGGCCCGACGAGCACUUUCCCCUGCCCAAGGCGUCCAUCAUCACCCUCCCGACCGGUACACCCAAGACGCUGCCCAAGAUACAGUACAAUUUCGGCACGGAGUCGGAGCCCGCCAGGGCGAAGCGGCUCGCCCGCCAGGCAAAGGUCAAGGCCGAGCUCGAGCGCUCCUGGUCCGGCUACAAAAAGCACGCUUGGAUGCACGAUGAACUGUCUCCUGUUUCAGGCAAGUACCGCGACCCGUUCUGCGGCUGGGCGGCCACUUUGGUCGACUCGCUCGACACGCUCUGGAUCGCCGGCCUGAAGGAUGAGUUUGACGAGGCCGCCAAGGCCGUCAAGGACAUUGACUUUACCUACACGCAUCGCCAAGAGAUCCCCGUCUUCGAGACCACCAUCCGCUACCUCGGCGGCUUGAUCGCCGCCUACGACGUCAGCGGGGGUGCCGAGGGCAGUCACGCCUUUCUCCUCGACAAGGCCCAGGAGCUGGCCGAGGUACUCAUGGGCAUCUUCGACACGCCAAACAGGAUGCCUGUUCUAUACUACCAAUGGAGGCCCAAGUAUGCCUCCCAACCACACAUGGCAGGACGGGUCGGCGUCGCCGAGCUGGGCACCCUGUCGAUGGAAUUCACGCGCCUGGCCCAACUCACCGGCCAGCACAAGUACUACGACGCCAUCGACCGCAUCACGAACGCCCUGAUCGACCUGCAGAAGCGGGGCACACUGAUCCCGGGUCUGUUUCCCGAGUCACUGGACGCGUCGGGCUGCAACCGGUCAGCAACCGCCCUGCGCGACUCCAUGAGCCAGGCCGCCAAGGACCAGGUGGACGCAGCGCAGCGUCUCGACGAGCCCCAAGGAUACGGCGCCGUUCAUGACGAAAGCGGACCGACUCUCAACUCCGUGCUCGAUAUCAACCGGAGCAGGCAGCGUGCUUCAUCUGCAGACGACAAACUCCAUCGCCGAGCGGUCGCCGCUGCAGGUCCUGACGGUCGCAAGCCCCCGGCCGAUGUCUCGAGAGCCGCCACGAGCAAGUCAGUGAAUGGGCCCCUGGCGGCAAACGGCGAAAAGGCCCCGUGGGACUGUGUGCCGCAAGGGCUGGUGCCUUCGAGCCACGUAUAUCAAAACUAUCACGUGGGCGGCGGCCAGGACUCGACCUACGAGUACUUCCCCAAAGAGUAUCAAUUACUCGGUGGCCGAGAGUCCAAGUACCGGAAGCUGUACGAGGAUUCUGCUGACGCGAUCAAGGAGUGGCUUCUCUUCCGCCCCAUGCUGACUGGCGACUGGGACGUCAUGUUCCCUGCCAAGGUUAACACGCUGGGCAAUCCCUCGAAAGACCUAACGCCCGAGUACGAGGUGACGCACCUGAGCUGCUUCGUUGGUGGCAUGUUCGGGCUCGGCGGGAAGCUGUUUGGUCGGGACAAGGACAUUGAGCUGGCCAAAAUGCUGGCGGACGGCUGCGUGUGGGCAUAUCAGAUGAUGCCCGCCAAAAUCAUGCCCGAGUACUCGCACGUCGCGCCGUGUCCCUCGCUGGAAAAGUGCGAGUUCAACGAGACGCGGUGGUACGAGUACCUGGAUCCGUCCAAGGAAUGGCGAGACGAGCAGGUUCGAGCCUGGGAAGAGGAACAAGCAGAACUCAAGCGAUCUCAGAAGAAAGUCGUCAACAGUCGGGAGCCUUUCGAUGGCGAAAGUGAAAGUAGUAGUUCCGCAGAGUCUUCUUCUUCCGCGCUCAACAAAAGGGCCACUGUACCGGCGCAGGGCCAGACGAAGCAAUUGACUCUCGAAGAGGGGUCAAAGCUUCCCGAGUCGCUGCGAAAGAAACUCGGCCAGACCAGCGGCACUGCCAAAGAACCCACCAAGGUUACGGGAGACGAGGACGAUAUAGACUCUGGGCGAUCACAGGACCAGGACGCCAAAGACAACGAGAAGGACGCCACCAAGGGCGCAACACAGGACUCGAAGCUUCUUGACAACAUUCCCUCCAUUCCUGAACAGCAGGCUGACCGGCCGAGGACGCAAGCCGACUACGACACAUCCGAGCGCCCGACGUCUCAUGAGGAAUGGGUUCAACGGAAGCUGGAGAGAGACAAGCUUCCGAAGGGGUUCACGUUGAUUCGAUCACCCUCAUAUAUUCUCAGGCCCGAGGCCAUCGAGUCCGUGUGGUACAUGUACCGCAUCACAGGGGACCCGACAUGGAUGGACAAGGGUUGGGCCAUGUUCGAAGCCACAGUCAGGGCGACGCGGACGGCCAUGGCUAACAGCGCCAUCACCGACGUGCUAGCCAAGGAGCCGGCGCUCAAGGACGAGAUGGAGAGCUUCUGGAUCGCCGAGACGCUCAAGUAUUACUACCUGCUGUUUUCGGAGCCGAGCGUCAUAAGCUUGGAUGAGUGGGUGCUUAACACGGAAGCGCACCCGUUCAAAUUGUGAUGGCACGGUAUUUACUAGGUGGCCCGGGUCGCCUGUUCGGUCAGGCCUGUCCGGGUGUAGUGUCCAAGUACGUAUAUACAGCGACUUUGUGCAGACGCGCGGCGUUAUGGAAAGUGGCUUCUGAGUUCCCCUGUACAUAGAUACACAAAUACAACUACUUUGUUGACGUGG